AUGCCUCCACCAAAGAAGACUACUGAAGCCUCAUUCUCCUCAGCAUCACCUGUGAAGAAGCCAAUUUUAUCUUCAACCAAUGACGAUGUUUCAGGUCCAGUCAUUGUCAUUGACCUUGGAGCCUUUGAAACCAAAGUGACCCUUUCUGAUAAGAUCGAUCAAAUCGUCACAUUCCCAACUGUUGUUGCUUGUCCUCUCAGCUCAACUUCCUCUUCUCCUUCUGAUAUCAUUGUUGGAGAUCAAGCCAUUAAGAAAUGUCGUAAAAGUGCUAAAAAAGGAAGCUCAGAUUCUGACUCUUAUGUUCUCAGAUAUCCAAUACAGAGAGGAUUAAUUAUGGACUGGCUUCAAAUUGAAGCAAUCUUGUCAUUUGCAUUCGAAUCUAUCGGAGUGAAAGAUCCUUCUGUUUAUCCUGUUUUGAUUGGAUUGCCAGGAACCAUGAUGCCAAAUGAUCACAUUGAAAGUAUUGCUGAACUCUUGUUUGAAAUUUUCAGAGUGAAGCAUGUGUAUUUUGAAUUGCCAAAUGUCAUGUCAUUUAGAGGAGCUUCUCCAAAAAAUUCAUUUGGGUUAGCUGUUGAAUCUGGAAGUGCAUUGACCUAUGUCACACCAAUUGUUGAUGGAAAGCCACAAUAUGGAUUGACACAUAAAUUUACAUUGGCUGGUCAAGAUGCUACCAAAUAUGCAAUUUAUGUCAUGUCAAAAACAGGAUUUGCUGUUGACCCAGCUGAUGAAUAUCGUGUCGCUCAACACAUCAAGACAAAUAUGGCUUACACUUGUAAGAAUCUAAAGGCUGAAUUUGAAUUGUUUGCUAAAAAUCCAGCAGAGUUUAAACAAGAAUUAGAAAUGAGUGGCGAAAAGAUGGCACUUGACAAGGAAUGUUUCUUGAUUCCAGAAAUCAUGUUCGAACCUGGUCUUGCUGGAAUCACUCAAGCCGAGGUUUCAAGUUUGCCAUUUACUAUUUUCGAAGCUGCCAAAUUAGCUGCUGACAAUGAUUUGAAUUUAUUGGGUAAAUUACUCUCAAAUAUUGUGAUUGGUGGAGGUAAUUUAUUGUUCAACGGAAUGGCUGAAAGAAUUGAAACUGAAGUCAAGUCACUCGUCACAAAGAGCAAACUUAAGGCAAAUGUUAAGGUUGUUGCAAGUCGUAAAGAGGAUGCUCUUGGAGUUGUUGUUGGAGGAGCCACAUGGUCUGAUAAAGCUGUGAACGAUAUGGAUUGGUUGACCAGAAAUGAAUACAAACAAAGUGGUGUUUCUAAAUUCUUCAAAUAA